UUUUCAGGUUGUAGUAACUCAACGGUGUUGAAAAAGAUGGAUUUUGGUAGGUCUAGAGAUAUUAUCAGCGGUUUACCAGAGUUUCUUAUUUCCCACAUCUUGUCUUUCCUUACCACCAAAGAAGCUGCUUCUACAUCGGUUCUAGCAAGAAAAUGGCGAUAUCUCUUUGCUUUUGUUCCUAAUCUUGAUUUCGAUGACUCUGUCCAUCUAAGUCUUGGAAAAAAGAAUCCUGUUAUUAGUGGUGAAGAUUAUUUGGAAAUGAUUAAUGAAAGAAAUAAUCAGCUUUCUACAAGUUUUAUGGCUUUUGUGGAUCAUGUGUUGGCAUUGCAAGGCAAUUCUCCUCUACACAAGUUCUCUCUAAAGUUCGGAGACGGUGUUGUUGAUCGAUUCCGUGUCAUUCGUUGGAUACUCAAGGUGUUGGAACGCGGAGUAUCCGAUCUUGAACUAGACAUGCAUUUGAAAUGGAAAUCUUCACUUCCUUCAAAGAUCUUUUUGAGCGAGACACUCGUUAGGCUGAAACUAAGUGUGGAUCGUGGCCCGAGAAUUGAUGUUGAUGAUGUUCAUCUUCCUAAGCUUAAGACUCUCCAUAUUGAGUCAGUCAAAUUUGAACAGCAUGGUAUUGGGCUUAACAAGCUUCUUUCUGGUUGUCACAUACUUGAGGAGUUAAUUCUGGAAUAUAUAUCUUGGUGCCUAUGGGAAUUUGUCUCUGUGUCUAGCACAACUCUCAAGAGACUAACGUUUUGCGGGGAACUAAUGCAAGAUGAGAAUCCGAUUAGUGUGUCUUUUGAUACUCCGAAUCUUGUCUACUUGAUGUUUACUGAUGUUAUUGCGGACGAGUAUUCAAAAGUGAACUUCGAUUCGCUUGUUGAAGCCCAUAUCAAUCUUCAGAUGUCAGAAGAUCAGAUGGAAGAGGCACGGUUUUCAAAUUCUGAAGGUAAUCUGGUCGCUAAUGCAACAGAUUUUAUAGUGGGAAUAUGCAAUGUGAAGAUCCUUUAUCUAGCAGCUUAUACUCUUGAGGUACUUACUUACUGUUGUGAAGCAAUACCGCUAUUCAACAACCUGACUCAUUUAACUAUAGAGAGUAACCCGGAAGUAGCAUGGGAUUCAUUACCGGGCCUUCUCAAGAAUUCUCCAAAUCUGGAAACUCUCGUCUUCAAAGUAUGAAACAAACCCUUUAAAAGCACCUGUUAACAUAUUUUUCAAAGUUUGAGAUAUAUCCCACAUUUCAGGGACUCGUCCACCAAG